CCCUGACUCAGUGAGAGCUGCCCGGUGCUGCAGCUGACCAAACCAGGGGAUGGACAUGAAGGUCUUCUCCUUGGCUGUGCUCACCCUGCUGCUGGCGACGCUCUGGACUGGGAGCCAGGGCAUCUCCUUCCGCAGCUCCUAUGGCAAGUGCUGCUACAGGGACAUGUUCGUCAAAAAGGAAAUCCCUGCCGCCUUCAUCAAAGACUACAAGAAGACACCUUCCCACUGCCCCCGCAGGGCUAUGCGUGUUGAGGUGGUGGAGCGGAGGAAUGUCUGUGUGGACCCAGAAGAGACCUGGUUCCAGAACUUCCUGCAGCAGGAGUCAUCAGGCAGUACCUCCUGAAGCUGCCUUCCCCACGAGCUGUGUUUAUUCACAUCCUGCAAUUAUCCCUGUAUUCACAUCUCAUUAAUUUAUGGAGCUGGCUCCA